CUCAGUUCCGCCAUGGCUCCAUGGAUACGACCCUUCUUCUUGCUGGUGGUCGCGAAUGCUAUGGAGUACCAUCCACCGCGCUACCAAAUUGUAGAUGCCAAGGCGGACAUCCGAGACCUGGACGUUGGAGACAUAGAUGACAUGGAGACCGACGUUCCUGCACCUUUCUUGGAUCACGUGAAGAAGACGCGGAGUAAGAAGAAGCAACCCAAGCUUGACUUCAAUUCGAAGGAGUUUCAAGCUGACCCAAUGUCCUUCAUGGGCGGCUCUGGGUCUGGGGUCACUAUGGCCUUCGUGAACCUGGAUAUCAAGUGGGCCGAAGAGCAUGGAAAACAUGGUACUACAACCCUAUCAAGAAGCUGGACGAGCCUUCUAGAAAAUGGAGGAGUCAAGGUGCAAGUCUAUGACACCGACCCUGGAAGUAUCCUCAUCGUGAACCAGGAUCCCAUGAACAAUCUCAAAAUCAGGGAGUUUGUCCUUGCGCAGCCACACGUGGACUAUUAUGAACUCAGUCAACGUCGACAUUAUCCCAGCGGCCGCACAGCUCCGCUCGUGUCUGACGAGGAAAGGAAGCAAAGAUUAGCUAGAAUCCCAGGAAGGCUUGGGGUCAAGGAAGAACCUGUUCGAAAGGCCGCAGAGUCCAAAAGCCCAAAGACAGGAAAGGGUGCCAAGUCUGAGUGAAAGCAGGCCAUAACUGGUCACAUUUUACUCGUGCCACCCAGAGGCACUGUGGCAGGAAUGGCACUCUUUUGCAGAACUGCCUGCGAUGGACGUGUAAUUCCAGCAAUGUUAAUGUUUCAGGCUAAAAUUGCCUUUUCGUAGAAACUUUGACUGAACAGGGUUCAGAAAAAAGA